AUGCCCGGUUUAACGUCGCCUGUAUCUGUGACUACCACUCUUCAUUAUUUCACACCUCCAGCUGGAGGAGAAAGGGCGUACCAAAAGGCACUCGUGGACCCUGUUACAGGCGAGCGUACUGCUGAGAAGAAUUUUGACACCGAGGAACGGCCAAACAUUGUGAUUGAAAAUCUGCGUGGGAGGGAAGAUUCUGUAUCUCUUGAUAAAACGGGUUUCCAAUACUUUAUCCACCCGCCGAAACACACUUCGUUCACGAAUGACGACGAAAUCAAGGCGGAAUACUAUCCCGAAAGUAUUGAGCUCAUAAAGAAAUUAACCGGAGCCACUCGGGUAGUCAUUUUCGAUCACACCCUACGUCGUCGAAUCCCUGGUCAAAAAUCUCCAUUUAAUGCCCCGGUUGCCCAAGUGCAUGUCGAUCAAUCCUCGAAGGCAUCUAUCGCCCGUGUUCAUAGGCACCUCCCACCUUCGGAUGUCCCUCAGCUCUUGGAAAAACGUUUCCAAAUAAUUAACUUGUGGAGGCCAAUUAAGCACGCUGCCCUCGACUGGCCUCUGGCACUUUGCGACCACACCAGCGUUGAUCCUGCAGACAUAGUCCCUGUAGCACUUAUUUACCCAGAUCGAGAGGGGGAAACGCUAGGUGUUAAGUAUAAUCCAAACCACAAAUGGAAGUACCUUCGUGGUAUGACUCCAGAGGAAGGUGUGCUGAUCAAGUGCUUUGAUUCUAUCCAAGAUGGCAGCGUGGCCGUAUUUACUCCCCACACUGGAUUUGAAGAUCCUUCUACACCUGAGGGUGCUCCUUUCAGGGAGUCAAUCGAAAUCAGAACUCUUGUGUUCUAUGAUUAA